AUGCUUCAUCGACACAUGGAACCUCACAACCCUUCGAUAUGGCACCCGCUAAUUGAGAAGCUGACGCGUAUCUACCUGAAGAGCCUUCUGGCCGCACCCGACAAGUGGGAAGCCCAUACCAAACAGCUGUUUAGCGCGAUAAUCUUUGAAAUGACGUACGGUAUUGUGACAGAGUCCUGCGAUGAUCCUUUCAUCCAGGACAUGACGGAGGUUACUGUUGGCUUCGGAACAGCAGCUGCCCCAGGCAGGUUCUUGGUCGAUGCCAUCCCAAUUCUGAAGUACGUUCCGAGUUGGUUCCCCGGUGCAGGGUUCAAGAGGUGGGCGGCGUUUUACAAGGACAUGGAAAUCAAGGCCAGGACCCAACCAUGGGAGCACGUAAUGAAGGCUAUGAAAUGCGGGACCGUUGAGCCGUGCCUGGCUACGAAGAUGGCUGAAGAGCUUCCUGACGAAGGCGAUCCGAGGAGGGCAGCAGAGGAAGAGAGAGCCAAGUGGGUUGCUGGGGUGAUUCAUGGUGCCGGAAGCGAUACGACGAACAGUGUUUCUAUGGCAUUCUUCGUGCUCCUCGCAACGCAUCCUGAAGUUCAACGCAAGGCGCAGCAAGAGCUCGAUCGAGUUGUGGGGAAGGGGAGGCUCCCCGAAUUCUCCGACCGAGAAGAUCUGGUAUAUAUUACCGCGAUUAUGAAGGAGCUCCAACGGAUGCACAUACCCUUGCUAGUCGGAUUUCCACAUGCCACGACAACCGACGACAUCUACGACGGAUAUUUUAUCCCCAAAGGCACUGUUGUCUUAGGAAACACAUGGCAUAUCAUGCACGAUCCUGAGAUCUUCGACGAACCGAUGAAAUUCAAACUGGAGAGGUACAUCAAGGAUGGAAAGAUCAACCCCGACACUGUCGAUCCCGGGGUUGCUGUGUUUGGCUACGGAAGAAGAAUAUGCCCUGGACGGUUCUUGAGCGGAGAAUCACUUUGGUUGUUCAUUGCGUGCACCCUUUCGCUUUUCGACAUCACUCCGCCGAAAGAUGGGAAUGGCGAGCCGACAAUCCGUUACAAAUUCUCGCAGCUUGGACUUGCCCGCCCGGAACCCUACGAUUGCUACUUAACCCCUCGCUCGAAGGAAGCUGAGCAGUGUAUUCACAAUCUGUAA